UAUGAGCUAUUGCGCCUGGCUGGUUACUGUCUUGAUUGAAAUGGAGUUGGUAAUCCACAAGUAUCUUGAAAGUUGUUGCUGAGUGCUUAGAACUAUGCAAGUUCUAACUAUAAAAGGAGAAUUUGGACAAGCGCAGUAGCUCACACCUGUAAUCCCUUGUCCUUAGGACCAUGUUUACUGAGAUAUCAUUAAUUCCCUCAAAGUAAAAUAACAGAUGUUAAGAGUAUAUAAAUUGAAUGGUUAACCUGUAUAUAUCCAGCUGUGCCAUCAAAAGCAAAAGAGAAGCAGCUUCACAAGGAAUGGGGUGGUCAGAGACAAUGUCAAGGAAGACACAGCACUUGAAAACAGGUAGAAAAUGAAUAGCAUUGGAGGUGAGGGAGACAGCUUGAGCAAAAGAAUAGAGGCAAAAGUGAGCAUGGUGUAUCUAUGUUCUGAUGAAGUCAUUUUUAAGAAAGAUUAAACUGAUGGGGUUCCCAGAGUAGACUGGAAGGGGAAAAGGCCUAUUCAGAAAAGCAGACUAGGUCUCUCUUUGCCACGGUGUGCCAGAGCAGAGUACGAGUCUGAGGCUGAGGGAGUCAUGGCAGGACAGGCAUUUAGAAAGUUUCUCCCACUCUUUGACCGAGUAUUGGUUGAAAGGAGCGCAGCUGAAACUGUAACCAAAGGAGGCGUUAUGCUUCCAGAAAAAUCUCAAGGAAAAGUAUUGCAAGCAACAGUAGUCGCUGUUGGAUUGGGUUCUAAAGGAAAGGGUGGAGAGAUUCAACCAGUUAGCAUGAAAGUUGGAGAUAAAGCUCUUCUCCCAGAAUAUGGAGGCACCAAAGUAGUUCUAGAUGACAAGGAUUAUUUCCUAUUUAGAGAUGGUGACAUUCUUGGAAAGUACAUAGACUGAAAUAAGUCACUAUUGAAAUGGCAUCAAUGUGAAGCUGCCCAUUCCACUGAAGUUCUGAAUUCUUUCAUCAUGUAAAUAAUUUCCAUAUCUCUCUUUUAUAAUAAACUAAUGAUAACUG